CGAAUAUCGUGUAAUAUUAUUAAUAUAAUUUAGUGACUUUUGCGGAUCUAUCGUCAGGAUGCAAGCUAUUCGAAUCUUUUUAGUGGUGAGUAUCCUUUUAUUUUGUGAUUGGGUAUAUAUACCAGGUCCAUCAACGGUUACCUUGGCAAUGACUCCGACCACUUCUUCCAUUAUUACUAUUCUUCCGGACAAUAUAAAAACUAAGGCUGAUGCAUUCAUCAGGACCAUCCAAAACGUGCAAACAUCGCUAAAAAGUCCAUCUAAUAACCAUCAAUUAAAUCCGAGGCCAAUGGAAGUAAUAACUGAUAUUCAAUUGCCUAAUUACGGUUUCUUCGAUGUCUACAAAAAUGAUGAUAAUAUCUGCCCAUUAAACCCCCAAAUUUAUCUAAACGCACUCAAUGGCAGUCUAGUCGGUCUUCUCAUACAUAAAAUUAGUACCUGGAUGAAAGCCUCACAACCCCUUGAAUAUUAUCUCGGGCAUAUCAGGGAGCACGUGAUUCUAAUAGAUAGAGCCAUUUCUCGAAUUGCUUACGAAAAACGUUCUGAUAUAAAUGACAAGUUAAACUUAAACGAUACGAUAAAAUUGUUUUAUGUUACAUGUGAUAUACAAAAUACUACUAAUGGCAAUGAAAAUCAACUGGAAUAUAAAAGAAGGUUAUUUCAAGAUUAUAUGUUAAAAUAUAAAAUUGACAAUGAGCUAUUAACCAACGAGUCAUUGAAUUAUUUUGCCAACACCAUGAGAGAGAGUUUAAAUAUUAUCAAAGAUGUCCAUAGUUGGUUUAAAGUAUCAAUUCCACUGAUGAAAAAUUAUAUAUACCUGAUGGAUUAUCCCAAAAACGAUGAUUUUAAUAAAUUACAGAACAUGCAAGUUCCUAAUGGUUACGCGAGUUUAAAUUCGCUCGUGCAGAGUUAUUUAAAUGAAAGUAACGUGGUACAAAUAGAAAAGAAUCACUUAAAUGUACUUCGAAUAGUCGCACCAGAAUUGUUCAGUUAUCUGUACGAACAUUUCAAUAUAUUAAUCAAGUUAUUUGAGCACGGAAUUUCACGUAAUGAACAGAGUGAAAUAUGGCGCUUUCAUCUUAUUCCGUAUACAUACAUAAAUUUAUUCCUGUCACGUAUUAUCGAAUUUGAGCGGGAUUACGUCGGGAUAGAAGAAGCAGAACGAGGAAAAAUGAUGUUGGAAUCAAUAGAAUCUUUAGCUGUUUUUUUAGACCCCUACCUGGAUGACUCACCUGACACACAACCACGCAAUAAGAAGUUAAAAAAGAAAAUUACGGAAAUUCCAAAAGAAGAUACAUUAAAAUUGGAUGAGGAUAUCAUACCGGUCGUAUCCAAAAUGAUAAACGAUGCAACCAAAAUUCUAUUGCAAUAUUUUGAUAAAAAUAUUGACAAAUGGAUGGUUGAUAGGAUAUUGAAACCAGAAAAGCCGUAUGUACUGAAUAAAACAUCGUUGUUACUUUCGUUAAAAGACAAUUAUGAUAAAGCUUCUGAUACGUUUAAGAAAUAUGACAAAUAUACUUAUCAAGACUUUGUAGUUUAUACAGACUUUCAAAAAAACAAUAUCACUGAAUCGGAAAAUAAAUCAAACCUAAUUUCAGAAUUUCCGAGCGAUAAACCAACUAAUUAAUUGAUCGAUUUUGCGAUCUUUUCAUUAAUAUUUAUCAUAAUUGUGCAAAUAAUGGUAUCCAUUUUUGACUUGGGUAUUUUUAACUUUCCUAAAAAUUAUACAGUAUUAAUCUUAUUUUAUUAACUUAAAUAACA